GCAAAAAGAGGCGCGGUUCUAAGGCUCGAGCAGCGGCCGCGGGCGAAGAUUCACUGGAGGUGUUAGAACCCCUCUUAAUCCGAAAGAGUAAUUCUGCCCAUCGAGAAAAUGAGCACUUCGAUGAAGCGAAAUCGUGGCACGACUUCGAGCUCGAGAAAAAAGAGAAGAAUACAGGGCUGCUUCCGAAGUCUUCGGGUAUCAACAAUCCAAGUGAGUCCCACGAACAGCAGCUUUCGUCCUCACGACGUAAUGGGCAUCCUUUGGGUCGGGAGUCCGAGAAUGCGAUGACGCCACCAACUACUACUACAACAGCAGCAUCGAUAAAGUUGACGACUAGUAUCGCGGUCGGCGAUAACGUCUACCUGUAUGUGGUCAAGCGCUCACUCGAGUUUGUCUACGAGGCACUUGGGCAGCUAAUUAUUCUGAUCGCCGACUGGCGGAUCCAGUAUCAGAUGAGCACCGAGAACUUUUUAAAGCAUGGCAUGCCAGCACACGCGUCGCAAGCCGAAAUGUGGCGGCUCAGCUACUUUUUGAUGAAUGUGUCCCUGGUGGUUCGCGAAACGAUCUACUAUGUGCAGGAAAUCAUCGUGUUGUUGAUACCUGACGACGAAGUCGGUAUUCAGACGAGUCUACUUCACGACUUUUCGUUGCUUUUCGCAAAGGUAGAUGCGUGUCAUAACGUGACGGCGUUCGAACAUGCAGCCAAGCAUCAUAAUGCAGUUUCGCUGUACCAAGAAGAUCAACAUCAACAACGUGCUGCAGAACAACUGGGUCGAUACCUUCUCGACGACGACGAUGAAGGAGGGCUACGUCCUUUUUUUAGUCACGCUAUAAACCGCGGUCACGAGGAUGAUGUCCUUGAUCAAGAGAAUGAUCAGAAUUCUAUGAAGAAUUACGAUCAUCUACUUGGUGAAAGUGGAAAUAGCAGAACGCAUCCGAGACAGCGACGUCGUUACCUUAUGCAGCCGGAUCUUCCUGCCGGUGUUGAGACCGUAUAA